AUGAACAUUACUGAGCAUUAUGCGUUCUUUGGCUCCUGGGCUCGACAACUGAGCAAUGCCCCCAUUUCAAUGAUUUGCACGCCGAACGAUCAGCAUCUUACGAUCCAGCUUUAUGGAGCCACACCAUCUGCACACGUUCAUGUGUUGCUCAAGUCGUUCUACGAGAGUUUGAUGCUUGGCAAUCACAUCCGAGAUCUGAACAAUCCUUCCUAUGCGCGAAAUAAGCUAGAUCCCGUUUCUUCUCUUAUCGUGAAUGAUUGUAAACUUCCAGAAGAGUACGACUACAUCCAGGGACGAAAGCGAGCGAAUCGAACGCUGCCUGGCAACAUGCUGCCUCCUCCUGGAUUGCUGAUGAAUCCGAUCAAAGUGGAUGAAACGACGACGAAAGCGAAGGAGGCAUUGGCUGGAACGAACUUUGCAGAAAAGCAUGAAGAACGUCCAGGAGCCUGCGUUUCCAAGACACGAGAUGAGUUGGAUGUUGCUCCGAAGGAUAUGAAACAGCGCGAUAGUCGUGAGACAAUCCAUGUGUCUUCUCGUUUGCUGCCGAACAUCCAAAUGGUAGAUGGAAAAGCAGAAAUCGAUCUGAGUGAUUACAAGGAGAAUGGAUGCGAGGUUGAAGUGGUUGCAGUGGAUGAAGGCCGUUUCUUGGACACCGUGUUGUUCUAUUCUGGGAGCGAGGAUGACCGUGUUUCACUGAUGGUUCAGCAGCAAGAGCUGGAGGAAUCGCUGGAUCCCUCGAAGAAUUACACGGAAGAGAAGCGGAUAUCGGUAGUAACAGCGGAGGAACCGUUGUCGAUUGAUAGCAAGUCAGAGAUGCAAGUGUUGGCGUCUCUAGAGGAUGUAUGGCUGCUUUUAAAGGUGUUGUUGGACGAUUCAAGGCUACAACAAUUCUCGUUCCUUCUUUCGUGGGACAGAAUGAACGAAAAGGAAAAGAUGCGAUUGUACAACAAGUACAACUGCUCGGAAGUGAAUGUCUUCAUCUAUUUCCGUGACCGUCCCUUCUUUGACGCAUAUCUCGCUUCUUCUCUGCAAUUGAAGGUCGAGAAAUCAUUUUUGGAUGUGUGGCUUACUGGGGGCGAUGUGUCUCGCUUCCUUCAACCCCAAUUCUUUGAGCGUCUGAAUGCUUUUGAGCACGCUUUGCGAGCCAGUUUAAUGUCCGAGGAAAAGGUGCAGCAAUCGAACUUGGGAUAA